AUGAUGCAGCACAUUGCAGUGGAGGAGGAGUACUGUCAGCCCCACACAGUGGACAGAGUGGCAGGAGGUCAGGUUCCUCACAUGUGGGGACAAUCUCUCUACAUCCUCGCCUGUCUUCUUGCUGAGGGCUUCCUGGCUCCAGGUGAGAUGGAUCCUCUAAACCGCCGCUUCUCCACGUGUCUGAAGCCAGAUGUUGUGGUCCAAGUGUGCGUGUUAGCAGAGUGUGAGAAGAUCCAGAAGGUUCUGAGUGAUCACGGCGUGAAGGUGCAGAUGUUGUGUGAUGUCCAUCCUAUCAGAGUCUUACCUGCACGCAUCCUCAGUCACGUCUACGUCAGACUAGGAAACUGCAAGAAGCUGAAUCUGAGCGGGAGGCCCUACAGACAUAUUGGAGUUUUGGGAACAUCCAAGUUUUAUGAGAUCAGAAAACGUUCUUACAUGUUCACUCCUCAGUUUCUGGACCAGCAUCAUUUCUACUUGGCCUUGGACAACAUGAUGAUUGUGGACAUGUUGAGGACAGAAGUCUCUUAUUUGUCUUCCUGCUGGAGGAUGACUGGUCGACCCACGCUUACCUUCCCCGUCACCCGCAGCAUGCUGGUGGAAGACGGUGAUGCAAUCGAUCCUUGUAUCCUAGCAACAAUCAGCAAGCUGCAGGAUGGAUACUUUGCUGGAGCUAGGGUGGAGAUGUCGCAGCUGUGUGACCUCCAAACGACCUCCUUUCACACGCACCUCAGCUUCCUGGAUGAAGAAAGUGAGGACUUGGUACUGGACCAGGAAGAAGAGCAAGACUAUGGAGAAGAAUAUUGUCUGUGCCGGCCUUCAGACUCCUCCCCCAAGGACGUGUUUGAUGAGUACCUGACUCAGCUGCUCCACAGCACUGCCAGCACCUGUCAUCUUCCUCCCAUCCAGAGGGGGCAGCAGCACGUCUUCACUGCUCAACACACAACCAGAGAUAUCCUGUCCUUUGUGGCGCAGGUGCAGGGUCUGCACAUGCCCAAGUCGUCCAUGUUUCUUCCUGUCACUCCGCUCAUGAGCAAACAUCGCAAGUCUCUCAACCUUCUACCACUCCCUCACCACCUCCAUGCUGCUGCCAGGACUGCACAAGCUGUCAGUGCUGCAGAUCUUCACCUGCCUAAAGACGCAGAAGGAAAGACAGACUUUGGCAGUUUGGUGCAGCAACUGAAGGAAUGUCCUUCUCUGCAGGACCAAGCAGACAUUCUUUAUGUCCUCUACGUCAUGAAAGGAGCUGAUUGGCCGGUGGACUUGCCAGGUGCGAGUGUGAGCGUGCGAGUGCUGCUGGAGGAACUUUACGUGCAGGCAGGAGCGAGCAAGGAGUGGGCGCUCAUCAGAUACAUUUCUGGAAUAUUACGCAAGAGAGUGGAGGUCCUCUCUGAGGCUUGCACGGACCUUAUUUCUCACCACAAGCAGAUAACAGUCGGUCUUCCUCCUGAGCCCAGAGAGAAAGUCAUUACAGUUCCUCUUCCUCCUGAGGAGCUCAACAAUCUGAUCUAUGAAGUCAGCGGUCAAGACAUCAGUGUUGCUGUCCUCACUCAGGAGAUCAUGGUGUACCUGGCCAUGUUCGUGCGCUCGCAGCCCUCCCUGUUUGGAGACAUGCUGAGACUGAGGACAGGACUCAUCAUGCAGGUGAUGGCCACAGAGCUAGCUCGCAGUCUCACAUGUUCUGGUGAGGAGGCGUCAGAGAGUCUGAUGAGUCUGAGUCCUUCUGCCAUGAAGAAGCUGCUGCAUCACAUCCUCAGUGGGAAAGAGUUUGGAGUGGAAAAAAGCAUGCGACCUACGCGUGUCCCGUCCACCGUGUGUAGUCCAGCUAUCUCCAUCCAUGAAGUGGGACACACUGGAGCCACCAAGACUGAGCGCUCAGGAAUACACCAACUGAAGAGCGACAUCAAACAGAUUCUCAGUGGUGGUGUGUCCACAUGCAGCAAUGUCACCUCGCCUCGCUCCACGCGGUGCAGCAGCCCGUCCACCCCCAGUGGGAUGUUGUCUCCAGUGGGGUGUGGUCCAGGAGACGGUCAGCUGCAGUGGGAGGCCAGACAAGGCCAGUGGCUGAGGAGACGCAGGUUGGACGGAGCCAUCAACAGAGUUCCUGCAGGGUUCUACCAGAAGGUGUGGCGAAUCCUGCUCAAGUGUCACGGCCUCUCCAUCGACGGCUACGUCUUACCUUCUUCUGCCACCAGAGAGAUGACAGCCAGAGAGAUGAAGUUUGCAGUGCAGGUGGAGAGCGUGCUCAACCACGUCCCUCAGCCCGAGUACAGACAACUGCUGCUGGAGACCCUCACCCUCCUGGGGCUGCUGGCCGACCUGCACCUCCACAACCUGGGGGCCAUCAUCCAUGUGGACCGCAUCCUGCACAUGGCCAACAACCUCUUCCUUAGCGACCAGAAGUCUCUGAGCGUGUGUGACGACUUCCUGGAGAAGGACGCAGCAACAGGAAUCUGCAACCUUUUCUACGACAGCGCCCCCAGUGGUCGCUACGGCACCAUGACCUAUUUGACCAAAGCUGUCAUGACCUACGUGCACGACUUCCUGCCCGCCUCCAGCUGCAGCAUGCAGUGACAACACCACCUGCAACAACCAUCCGCUUUUAUUUUGAAACAGCUGCACAACAUGGAUUUUAUUUGGGAUUUUCUGUCACGGUAACAAUUAGACACACAGCUUGUACUUCAGUAUAAAUACUGUGCAUACAUCAGUAUCUGCAGUAUAAAUACUGUACAUACAUCAGUAUCUGCAGUAUAAAUACUGUACAUACAUCUGUAUCUGCAGUAUAAAUACUAUGCAUACAUCAGUAUCUGCAGUAUAAAUACUGUACAUACAUCUGUAUCUGCAGUAUAAAUACUAUGCAUACAUCAGUAUCUGCAGUAUAAAUACUAUGCAUACAUCAGUAUCUGCAGUAUAAAUACUAUGCAUACAUCAGUAUCUGCAGUAUAAAUAUUGUACAUACAUCAGUAUCUGCAGUAUAAAUACUGUACAUACAUCUGCAGUAUAACUACCGUACAUACAUCAGUAUCUGCAGUAUAAAUACUGUACAUACAUCAGUAUCUGCAGUAUAAAUACUGUACAUACAUCUGCAGUAUAAAUACUGUACGUACAUCAGUAUCUGCAGUAUAAAUACUGUACAUACAUCUGCAGUAUAAAUACUGUACAUACAUCUGCAGUAUAAAUACUGUACGUACAUCAGUAUCUGCAGUAUAAAUACUGUACAUACAUCUGCAGUAUAAAUACUGUACAUACAUCAGUAUGUGCAGUGUAAAUACUGUACAUACGUCAGUAUCUGCAGUGUAAAUACUGUACAUACAUCUGCAGUAUAAAUACUGUACGUACAUCAGUAUAAAUACUGUACAUACAUCUGCAGUAUAAAUACUGUACAUACAUCAGUAUCUGCAGUAUAAAUACUGUACAUACAUCAGUAUCUGCAGUAUAAAUACUGUACAUACAUCAGUAUCUGCAGUAUAAAUACUGUACAUACAUCUGCAGUAUAAAUACUGUACAUACAUCAGUAUCUGCAGUAUAAAUACUGUACAUACAUCUGCAGUAUAAAUACUGUACAUACAUCAGUAUGUGCAGUGUAAAUACUGUACAUACGUCAGUAUCUGCAGUGUAAAUACUGUACAUCUGCAGUAUAAAUACUGUACGUACAUCAGUAUAAAUACUGUACAUACAUCUGCAGUAUAAAUACUGUACAUACAUCAGUAUCUGCAGUAUAAAUACUGUACAUACGUCAGUAUCUGCAGUGUAAAUACUGUACAUACAUCUGCAGUAUAAAUACUGUACGUACAUCAGUAUAAAUACUUUACAUACAUCUGCAGUAUACUGUACAUACAUCAGUAUCUGCAGUGUAAAUACUGUACAUACAUCAGUAUCUGCAGUAUAAAUACUGUACAUACAUCAGCAGUAUAAAUACUGUACAUACAUCAGUAUUUACAGUAUAAAAACAGUACAUAAGUGCACAAGUUUUAUGCUCAAACUAAGAAAUGAUUCCAUUUAUAUUUCACCAUUCCGGAAGCAAUUAUGUGUAACUGUACAAGAAUGAGGUGUUAUAUUAUUAUGAGUGAUGUCAGACAUCAUGGCGACACUAACAUUUGCUGUCAAUCAUGUCAAUAAGUUCCUAAAAUUAGAGACUUUGUGUGGCCUUCAACAGCAUGUCCUCUAAUAGUUGUAUAUUUCAACAUUAAUGUAGUGUUUACAUCCCAAAUAAACUACAACUUUGUUUUCCAAAACUCAUUAAAGACUUAUUGUUAAUAUCCGUUCAACGCUUCAAAUCAAUCUGAUUUAAGCAUGUUUGACUUUGAUACUUGGUUGGAAAACAAAACACCUAUUGAUCUUCAUCAAUUAGUGAAAAACUGCUGAAUAUGUCAUUUCUUUUAUGAGAGCAGAGUUCUAAUAAAGUCAUCAUAUUCCUGUGCAAUAUGUCGUACUCUCCACUUUCAGUCUGCAUGUUUGCACUGCAAGUAAGAGAAUAAUUGUGAAAUGUCAUAAACAAUAGUGAUUGACAGGUGUAUCCCACCUAAGUAAUGGAACAAUUCAAUAAAUGGAGGUUGGCCUUUCUUUGUCUAGUUUUGGCUGUUUUUAAACUGUUUUUGGCUUGACUUCCUGUUUUGGACUCUUAUUGUUUCCACUUCCUGUCUUCACCGCCAGGGGGUGAUCAGUAAUGAUGGUUGCAGCUGCUAAUUAAAUGAUUUAAUUAAGACUG